AUGCUGUGUUGCACAUAUUUAUACACCGCUUCAGCAGAGCACUCGCUCAGCAGUCCCUUUUCCCGUCUCGUCGUCUCUUUACCUCCACAAGUGCACUCCUUUAGCGGCCGUUUUUCCCACUUCUUCUCUGACCAACUGAAGGAGUUUGAGGGGCGGCUGGCCGCCACACCGGACAACCGGGAGGUGCUGGAGGGAGCAGCCGUGCUGUAUGCGGAGCUGGGGCAGUAUGGGCAGGCGGCUCAAGACCAGCUGAAGGAGUUUGAGGGGCGGCUGGCGGCCACCCCGGACAACAGGGAGGCACUGGAGGGGGCUGCAGUGCUGUAUGCGGAGCUGGGGCAGUAUGGGCAGGCGGCUCAACGCCUGGAGCAGCUCAGCAAGGCACGUGCACUUAUUGCCCCGGAGGACCCCGAGGUGCAGCGCCUUCUGGGGGAGGUGCGAUUUGAGCUGAGCGAGUAUGGCGCCAGUGCUGCUGCUUACAGGCGGGCUGUCAAGGUAUCCCCUGUGGAGUCUCUGGAGGUGCUGCAGGGGCUCACUGCACGGGCUACAAAAGGAACAACCCCCUUCCCCCCUCGCUUCCUCCCCCUCUCCAACCUCUGCUGUUUCCUCCAAUCAACCCCUCUUUACCACUUCCUCCCGCGCCCCUUUCUUCCCUCCCUCCAACCUCGUUCCCUCCACCAGGUAUCCCCUGUGGAGUCUCUGGGGGUGCUGCAGGGGCUGACAGGCGGUAGAAGAAGCAACCCCCUUCCCCCCUCGCUUCCUCCCCCUCUCCAACCUCUGCUGUUUCCUCCAACCAACCCCUCUUUACCACUUCCUCCCGCGCCCCUUUCUUCCCUCCCUCCAACCUCGUUCCCGCCACCAGGUAUCCCUGUGGAGUCUCUGGGGGUGCUGCAGGGGCUGACAGGCGGUAGAAGAAGCAACCCCAUUCCCCCCUCGCUUCCUCCCCCUCUCCAACCUCUGCUGUUUCCUCCAACCAACCCCUCUUUACCACUUCCUCCCGCGCCCCUUUCUUCCCUCCCUCCAACCUCGUUCCCGCCACCAGGUAUCCCCUGUGUGGAGUCUCUGGAGGUGCUGCAGGGGCUGACAGGUAUCCCCUGUGGAGUCUCUGGAGGUGCUGCAGGGGCUCACAGGCGCCCUCAGAAGAAUCAACCCCUCUAUACCACUUCUUCCCGCGCACCUUUCUUCCCUCCCUGUCCCCACCAGGUAUCCCCUGUGGAGUCUCUGGAGGUGCUGCAGGGGCUCACAGGCGCUCUGCUGGCUGACAACAAGCCGCAGCAGGCUGUGGAGAUUCCUGCUUCUGGAGGGGGCGUUUGCAUUGCCGUGGAUGAGCUGCUAGCAGCGCGGCAGCGGGUAGAGGCAGCAGCAGGGAAGGAGGCGGAGGAGGAGGGGGUGGCAGACGAGGUGCAGGUGGCGCUGCUGCUCGGGAAGGCGUAUGCGGCGUGGGGGCGGCCGGGGGAUGCGGCUGCGGUGUACGACGGGCUCAUUGCCUCCCGCCCGGACGACUUCCGAGGCUACCUCGCCAAGGGCUUGUUCCUCAAAGAUAAUGGCAACCAAGCAGAGGCUGACAGAAUGUUUCUUCAGGCGAGAUACCUGGCACCCAACCAGGUGAAGGUGCUGGUGGAUCGGCUCGCAAAAAGAUGA